AUGGAAGUGUGGCUUGUGAGACAUGGCGAGACUUUCGCAAAUAUUCAAAAAAUAAUAUAAGGUUAGCAAGGAGGAGAGCUUACAGACAAUGGCAUUGAGUAGGCUAAGCUAGUUGCCUAGAGAUUAAGCUCUGAAUAAUUUAAUCAUAUCUACUGCAAAUUCGAAACAGAUGCCAGAUUAAGAGAAAAAGGCGGAGGAAUCUUGGAAGGCCAGCCUUUAGUAACUUUUAAGAAGGAAGCAUAGAAAGCUAAGAAAAAUCUGAGAGAAUACAAGCCAGUAAAAGGAGAGAGUUGGAGUGAUGUGAUGAGAAGGGCUUAGUCUUUUAUCAGUGAAAUACUGUCGAAGCACUGUAAUUCAACUGCAGCUGAGGAAUAAAAAUCCACAGAUAUUACAAUAAAAAGUAAGAGUAAACUCUCUAAAUCAAUGAUUAACCAAGAGGAAGAGAAAAAGAGUUCAGACUUCUUAUAAAUUAAAAAGAUUUCAGGUGGUUAAAUUCCAUCAGGCAAAUUAUUGCCAUCUUCUACAUCAUUAGUUUCAAAUAAAAUUCUAGUCAUAACUCAUGGAGGCUUUAUUAUGGAGUUUCUAAAUGCUGUGAGGGUGAUGCAAUCAAAAUCCCCAAUUUUUAACAAUAAUGCGAAGAACACUGCAAUUUAUGUGAUAAAGUUUAAGCAGGAACUUAAAAAGACUAGCAAGGGCACAAUUUUGAAAGUGAUACCAUAGGUUAUUGUUGAAAAUGACAAUAGGCAUUUGAAAGGAAAAGAUUGA